ACGGCUUGUUUUUCGAUUUCGAAAGCAGAUUCUCGGAAGCCAAACAAGCCACUUUCUGUCCUCCUCUGUGUUUCGUAGUCGAUAAUGGACGAGGUCGAAGAGCAGGUGGAGAAGGCCAAGAAGGAGUGGGACGAGGCCUACGUCAAGCUGGUCGAGCAAAUCAAGGCGAUCGAAGCCUAUGGCAAAUCCAGUUCGACUGAAUCCGAGGGCAAGAGCAAAUAUUCUCUCCCCAGAAUGAACGGCGUCGCUCAGGAUUGCUUGGCUUUGCUCAAUUCGCUGCAGUUCAAGCUCGAUCUGCUCGCUCCUCAAUUGCCCUCCGAUGACAAGGUCCAGUCCGCCAAGUCAUUGCUCGAGUCGUGGACGAAUCGAUCGCAGAGUUUGCGGUCGAGUUUAAGAAAUGCCAAUUUACAAGCAAAAGCUAACAUGAGGAAAGCUGCUCAAGAAGAGAGAGAACUUCUUCUUGGUGGUGGAGAAGAGUCCACGAUUCGCAGGCGCAACUUGCAGACUAAAGCUGGUAUGACAUCUGCUGCAGAAAGCAUCACAGAGAGCCUUCGCCGUACUCGCCAACUGAUGGUUCAGGAGGUGGAGAGAACUGCAAGUGUAUUGAUGACCAAUGAGGAAUCAACAGGAGUACUAAGGAAGGCUGAAAGUGAGUACAGAGGCCACCGAUCAUUGUUGAUGAGAACCAGAAACCUGCUCUCCACAAUGCAACGCCAAGAUGUUCUGGACAGGGUUAUACUUGCUGUUGGAUUUUUCUUGUUCUCUUGUGCUGUUCUUUAUGUGGUUUCAAAGCGUAUUGGCCUACUGAAGUUGCAAAGGGCAGUCACCGCCGCUGUUAAGGCCGGUAUGGUUCGACAAGUAGAGCAUGGACCAGGAGCUGUUAUAGAUGCUGCAAAUCAAGCCCAGGUCCAAGAUAAUGCAGUUAAUAGGUUGGAGGUUCCAUUAGAAAGAGUUAUGCGUGAUGAACUCUGAAAUUUUGUACUUUCUUUUAUGGCCACGGAUGUUCUAUAAUUUGGAUCUGCAAGCUACCGUGAGCCCUUA